AUGCAAGAGGACAUCCAGAAGUGUACGCAGUCCACCAUACUUCAAUUUUCCCAAGCCAUAAUGUCUGCAUCAGCAAAUGAAAAAGGCUCCCAGAAGCUCCGUUUCUUUGACUGGCUGGUUAAUCAAAUCGACAGUAGAGCGUAUCAGGGCUUAUGCUGGCUGGACAAGAAUCACACAACCUUUCGCAUCCCUUGGAAACACAAUUCGAGAAAGAGUCUUGUGGCUGAGGAUUACAGGAUUUUCCAGGAGUGGGCUAUUGUUAGCGGAAAGUAUAAGGAAGGUUCAUCAAACCCGUCCAAAUGGAAAACCAACUUCCGCAAUGCCUUGAAGAGUACGAAGAGGUUUGAGUUACUGAGUUCCAUGCAAGAUCCUGAUCCUCAUCAAGUGUAUAAAAUCAUCCAGCUCAAUACGGCACAAGAAGCUGUCCCCCCUAUUAAUUCAAACAAUGGGAGUGACCCUGAUGAUGAUCUGUUGCAUAUCAGCCCCCACAGUGAAAGACUCCCAGCUCUUCCCCAGCCUGCACCUCUACCACAGCAGGAGAUAGAAGUUAUUUUAGGAACUCUAUCACUGAGGAAUCCAGGCCCAGUGCAAAAUGAAAAUGCAUCUGAAAACUGCUACCCAUGUGGUGCUGAUACACUCAAAUGGAUUAUUCAGCAAGCCAACCUGAAACAGAGUGAUGCUCAGCUGGUCUCAUGGGGCCCUGCCCAAGUUGAUAAUCUUUUUGCUGUACAUGAGCAAGACCAGUGUCAGACAGUCCCUCAUGCUGACCAAAAUAGCUGCCUGCCACUAGCAAAUGGAGUACUGAAUUCACCUGAGGAGAACAGCUAUUAUGAACCCAUGUCCAUUCCAAAUGUGAAUUCCCAGUCAUCGGCAACGCUUCCAUUGCAGUACGUGCCACAAAAUGCCAUUCCUGGUCUGAAUCAAUUUAAUAACGUUGGGGAAACACCAUACAAUAACGAUUGCUUCAUCCAAAAUGUUUUCGUGAACGAGGAACCUCGGGGAAACGGCGUGAUGAUGAACAACACAGCUAGGAAUGACUAUCAAAUGCCAGCAAACCAGCAAGCCGUAAUAGAGCAGGACCUGCCUGUGCCUUCUGCCGUCCCUUGCCCAGCAGAACAGCCCCUUCUCAACACUGGUCCAUUGCAGAACAAUGCAGGACCUGCCUUCUCUCAUCUGGAAGUCUCCAUCUAUUACCGUGGGAAGCUACUGCACGAAACCGAAGUGACGGUGAACAGCUGCAUGUUUACCUACAACAAGCCCCACGACUGUGGCCCUGCUUUUGGCAACCCCCAGAUAGUGCAGUUUCCAAACCCGGAGGAGCUUCCUGAUCAGAAACAAGUGAAGAAUACCUUGACCCUGCUGCAGAAUGCGGGCUUGCUGCUGUACGAAAAGAACCAUAAGAUCUGUGCCAAACGGCUGGAUAAAUGUAAAGUCUUCCUCGCAUUCUCUAAGCAGCUGGACAAUAUACUAGGGCACUCUCAAUUCAAAUGUUUGACGAGGGGUACAGAAACGGAGAUCUUUGACUACAUGCAAUUUUAUCAAGAACUGAAGGAUUUCCAUGAACACCGAAGACCAACCUCUCCUGACUACACUAUCUACCUGUGCUUUGGGCAGCGCUUCUUUGCUGCCAAACCAAAGGAGUCCAAACUAAUCUUGGUGAAGUUGGUGCCUAAGUGCUGUCAAACGUGGCAUGAAUUUGUGCUGAGGGAAGGAUCUUCGUCUUUGAGCAGCGAAAUGAGCCUACAAAUUUCCAACAGCCUGAUGGAUUUGAUGGAACAAUAUCUUAAUGAUAUGUAAGGAAGCACUUUGGAUGUUCUGUUGCUGGUUGACAACUUAACUUCUAUGGCUCAGGGAUGGAAC